AUGGAUGAUGCUGGGCAUCGUGAAAAUGGAAGGCACAAAGCAGAUCAAUAUAAAUCUGCUCAGGGACAGUGGUUGAUGCAACAUCAGCCUUCCAUGAAGCAGAUCAUGGCAAUUAUGGCCGAAAGAGAUGCAGCCAUUCAAGAAAGAAAUCUGGCCAUUUCUGAGAAGAAGGCAGCAUAUGCUGAGCGUGAUAUGGCAUUCUUGCAGCGAGAUGCUGCAAUUGCGGAACGAAAUAAUGCAAUUUUGGAACGAGACAAUGCGAUUGCAACUCUUCAGUAUCGGGAAAGCUCCUUAAGUAGUGGCAGUAUGCCAUCAUGCCCUCCGGGAUGCCAAAUUUCACGUGGUGUCAAGCAUAUACAUCAUCCCCAGCAACAGGUACAUCAUAUACCUAACAUGGGUGAUCCUUCUUACAACACACGGGAAAUGCAUACAACCGAUGCCCUCCCUGCAGCCCCCAUCACUUCUGAGGCUGGGAAAUCAAGACGGGCCAAGCGGCCUAAGGAACCAAAGUCAACUUCACCUAAUAAGAAGACUACCAAAGCAGCAAAAAAGGUAAAAAAGGAGAGCGAAGACCUGAAUAAGGUUAUGUUUGGCAAGGCACAUGAGUGGAAGAGUGGUCAGGAAAUGGUCAACGGAAGUGAUGAUCUUAACAAGCAGAUAGCAGUGUCUAAGGCUGAUUGGAAAGGUCAGGACUUGGGAUUGAACCAAGUGGCUUAUGAUGAGUCAACCAUGCCAGCGCCAGUAUGUUCUUGUACUGGUGUCCUGAAGCAGUGUUACAAAUGGGGUAAUGGAGGUUGGCAGUCUGCCUGUUGCACAACCACUCUGUCAAUGUAUCCACUUCCUGCAGUGCCGAACAAGAGGCAUGCACGGGUUGGAGGUAGGAAGAUGAGUGGUAGCGCUUUCAACAAGCUGCUUAGUCGCCUUGCUGCGGAAGGUCAUGAUCUGUCAAACCCUGUUGACCUGAAGGACCAUUGGGCCAAACACGGUACCAACCGAUACAUCACAAUAAAGUAG